AUGCUUAGGCAGAGGGUCGAUAUCUAUGCUCUUGACUAUGAUGCUAUGCUCACUUCCAUGUAUGCAUUGCCUACUAGUGAUGUGGGUGACUGUUACCUGUGUGUUCCACCUGACCCAGGCAUUGAGGCUGCUACUUUAGGUGCAAGUGAGGCUGCUGCUCUACGUGCUAGUGCGUCUACUCCUCCAGGUGCUGGUGAGUCUGCUGCCCCAGGUGCUGGUGAGUCUGCUCUCUCAGGUACCACGUCGGCUCAGGUUUUACACACCUUCACCCUUGACUCGGGUGCUUCCCGCUCCUUCUUUCGAGACCGCACCACACUCACGCCGCUCAGUCGGCCGGUUGCAGUCUCCCUGGCAGACCCCUCUGGGGGUCCUGUCCUUGCCUACUUCUCCACUGUCUUACCGUGUCCGGCGGCCCCUUCUGGCUCCAUGUCAGGUCUUUACCUCCCCUCAUUCUCUACGAAUUUGACUCUCCUCUGGCACCACCGCCUUGGUCACCCCUCCCUACCUCGUCUCCAAGGCAUGGCUUCUCGUUUCCUUGUCUCGGGUCUCCCCCGGUCCCUCCCUUCUCUUCCUCCGGGGCCUGCCCCUGCCUGCGUCCCCUGCGGUCACGAGCGUUACUUCCUGCUGGUGGUUGACGACUACUCGCGUUACACCACAGUCUUCCCUUUGCGUAGCAAGGGUGAGGACACUGAGGUGUUGAUCGACUGGAUCCGCGCAGCUCGUCUCCAGCUCAGAGAGAGUUUCGGCUCGGACUUUCCUGUCGUGCGUCUGCACUCCGAUAGAGGAGGUGAGUUUUCCACUGACCUUCUGCGAGCCUUCUGUCGUGCACAGGGCAUCCGCCAGACCUUCACGCUUCCAGCCUCUCCACAGCAAAAUGGGAUUGCUGAGCGCCGCAUUGGCAUGGUCAUGGACUACGCGGCGCAUCAGAUCAACCUUCAGCCCCGGGUCUCCUUGCCGGAGACCUCCCCUACUCUGCGGUGGACGGGGAAGGUUGGCGAUGCGUCUGCGUUUCAUGUCUGGGGAUCUCGGGCUUUUGUCCGCGACUUGUCUGCCGACAAGCGGUCCCCCCGUACUGUUCCCUGCGUCUUCCUUGGCUUCCCCCCUGACGCGCCUGGUUGGCAGUUUUACCACCCCACCUCACGCCGUGUUCUCUCCUCCCAGGACGUCACGUUUAACGAGUCGGUCCCCUUCUACCGUCUCUUCCCCUACCGCACUGCCCCGCUCCCCCCUCCGCCGCUCUUCCUCACGCCAGGUGCUGCCUUGGUAGACCCCUUGCCUCCCCAGGGUCCCGCUCCCUCAGGUGUUUCCCAGGUAGACCCGGUCGAGCCUGUCAAGGUAGCUGUCGACUCUGGUCCUACGCGAGGUACUGAGCGUGUUGAGCCUGGUGGUGCUGGGUCUGGAGGUACUACGCCUAGGAGUGCUGAGUCUGGGGGUGCGGAGACUGGGGGUGCUGCGCCUGGGGGUGCGCGAACUGCGGGUGCUGAGCGUGGGGGUGGCAAGACUGCAGGUGCUGAGCCUGGGGGUGCUGUCCCUGUGGGUGCUGGGUCUGGAGGUCCUGAGCCUGGGGGUACUGCGCUUGGGGGCGCUCUUUCUUCCCAGCAGCUGCGUGAGUGGUACUCUCGGUACUGUCGCAGCUUCCGUGGUGCUGCUGGAGCUGGAGCUGAGGGCGCUGAGCCUACUGGAGUUGGUGUUGCUGCUGACCCUGGGGUCGGCGCUGGAGGUGCUGGAGCCACUGGUCCUGGAGGUGCUCGUACUGGCAACACUGGAGCUGCUGGGACUGGAGGUGCUGCUGGGACUGCUGGAGCUGGUCCUACUGGAGGUGCUGCUAGUGCUGCUGGAGGUACUGGAGCUGCUGGUGCUGCUAGGGGUACUGCAGUUGCUGGGCAUGGAGUUGCUCCUGGUGCUCAAGCUGGCGGUCCUGCUAGAGAAGGUGCUGCUGGAGCUGCUGGAGCUGGAGAUGCUCGGGGUGUUGGCGCUGGAGGUGCUGCUGACGCUGGUGCUUCUGAAGGUGCUGGAGUUGGCGCUGCUGGAGCUGGAGGUGCUGCUGGCGCUGGUGCUGCCGCUGGGGGUACUGGUGCUGUCCCUGCUGCUUCUGGAGGCGCUGCGCGGCCGCGGCCGUACUUCGUUCCGCUCCUUGAGCAGGUUCUUGGUCUCCCGCCUUCUACUGGUCCUGCUCCCCCCUUAGAGUGUCCACAGCCUGACCAGUCGCAUUCACAGUUACAGCCCGCCUCCCCACUGCCUGCUCCUUCUCCCUACACUGGUCCUACUAAAGGUCUUGCUGAGCGUCGUGCCCCUGCGUCUCGUCCUGCGUCGCCUGUUCGUGCUGCUCGCACUAGUAGUCGUGUUCCGCGUCCGCGUCCACGUCCUCCUGCGGUCCCAGGCACACACCAGAUGGCACUGCGUCCUUCCACUGCUCCUCUGCGUGUCCCGUUGCCGUCUCCUCAAGAGUCCUCUCUUCCUAUUCUUGCUGACCCAGAGUCUCACUCUCUUCGUGCUGCCAGUCCUACUGUCACGCGUUUCCUGGCUACUAAAGUCACUGACCCUUCCUUCGAGUCCACUGCUGCGUCUGCCUUAGUUGCUGAGCUUGUCGGCUUCGCUGCUCAGUGUCGUAUAGACUACGCUGCUAGUCGUGUUGCUGAGUCUGAGUCUGUCUGUCCUCCGUCCGUCGGGGGUGAGUGUGCUCUUAGCACGGACGUUCUUGAGGACAGGCAGGAGGAGUUCCAGUGUCUUGCUGCUGCUUUGCCUCAUCUCGUGUCCAUGCUCAUAGCCCCUGAGGGAGACACGGAUGCACCAGACAUCCCGACUCCGCGCUCUUACGCAGAGGCGAUAGAGGGUCCCUACUCCUCCUAG